AUCAAAUAACGGCCCUUGUGAAGGAAUGGGAGCUGCCCCCUGAAUUUGAAAUAAUUUGUAGAGAUUUUUGGGCCCUAUAUCUCAUGUCUCUUCCUAAUCCCCCGCCACCCGAACCAGUGGCGUUCGCGAAAGAAAUGGAGGUGCGAGAAUCACGGCUUCCUUCGGAAAAUGGAGCGGAAGGAAAUGAUCCAAACCCACCAGCGGAGCAUAACGAAACGAGCGGAGAUACCUCCAGCCGUGGCGAUGAUGAGAGACCGGUCGAUAAUGAACCCGUGGAUUAUGAUGAUCUUCUUCGUAAGGCUGAAUCAGCUGAUGACAGCACUGAGGAUGAACCAGAACAGACGAAAAGCCAAGUCAAGGCGGAAGCUCGAAAGGGCAAACGCUGGAAAUACGAGUGGGCGACACCAUUGGCUAAUAUCGCUAUACUCGUCCUGGCAAGCUGGGAGAUGCGCCUCCCAGUGAUACAUAUGGACUUCAUUAGACUCAUCGAGUGCAACAAAAUCCCGUAUUUUUUCGCUAUCAAUCUUCUGCCCUCGGCCAUGACGACACACAUGACUUGGGCUGAGAAGCACUUACUGACUCCUCCGCCUCCCUCACCUGAACGCCUGUUCGCACACGUUAAGCGUCUAGGCAAACUUGCGAAAUUCCAGUACGGGAUCGCAAUACCCGAACUAAAUGCAGCACCCGUGCUUUGGCGGGCUGUUCGCGCUCUCCUUGGAACUCCAUAUCUUUAUACACUCUCAAAAAGGCUUGCAUCAGUCCUUGACAUUCCUCUCACCCUUCACCCGGACAUAACACAGUCUCUUGAUGCUACACUGUUUGACUCGGAAAAGCAUAUGGACAGAAAUCCACCAGAAGUAUCCUUGAUUAGCGCCGUCAUCAUCGUAAUCAAACUAGUGUAUGCCCUGGAUGAAAGCCAUGAAUUGAGUUUGAGGGUGGAUCCAAAUGACCCUAAGUUUCUCAUGCCGAAGAAGCAGGAAUGGUUGGAGAACCUGCGUAAACACCACGAUGCUCGGUGUGAUACACUUGAAGAGCUGCUGACGCCCUCAUCUACUCUCCCUGCGAUCCAUUUGAGCGAUCCACAAAUUGACGCCUUAUUCACCUACGCAGAAGAGGCCUUCGUUCCACCUGUCAAAUAUGGAGGUACAAAGGAGCCAGACAUGAACCCGUUGGAGUUAUUCCAUCGCUUCGGCCCGAACCCACGUCCAGACAAAUCGCAUGAAGAUGCUUCUGAAGUCGAAUCGUCGGCCGGUCCUUCGGAGGACACCCAGCUACCUUCAAACCGCUUCCCUCCCACUCCGCCCCCUCCGCCCCACCCAGCCCCGACUGGACCCGAAUCCCGUGAGCCCAGGAUGAAUCACCCAAUAUAUUCUAGGCUCGACAUCACGGGGACUUUCCCACCUGAGUACCAGCUAGUAGUCGACAUUGCCUCUUAUUGGAGCGGGUUUACCGUGGAGGAAAUCAACUGGGCUAUUGCAAGGCUCGAGCAAAAGAUUCUGGACAAACCGAUGAGCUUGUGGAAGACGAAUACUGCCCAAAAUCUUGGGAAGAAUGAUAUCUCUGCCAGGCUCGAUAGUGUUGAUGAA